AAUCAAUGAAAAUACAUACAUAUAUAUAAGUCUGAUUUGAUCAAAUAUCGAUCAGUUUUUUGUUUCAUCGCGGUUUCAAAAUGUUGACUGACAUCGCUAUAUUGAUUGCGAGUGUGGGCAUAGUAGCCAUUUUAUUUGUAAAGUACAAAUACGGAUACUGGAAGAGGAAAAAUAUUCCUUAUUUGGAACCAACGUUUCCUACUGGAAAUAACACGUCCUUCUUUCCGAAAGGACAAUCAAUUGGAAAAAUAUCUUAUGAUUUCUAUCAAGAUUUCAAAGCAAGAGGGGCGAAAAUGGGUGGAGUUUAUGUAGGGAUAGAUCCUUAUUUAGUGAUCUUGGACCCUGAAGAUGUAACAACCGUUUUAAUCAAGGACUUCAAUCAUUUCAUGGACCGUGGUCUCUAUAUGAUCGAAAACGACCCUACUACUGUUAGUUUGGUUACACAGAAUGGUUCAGAUUGGAAGAAUGCGAGGAUCAAAUUCACCAGCGUCUUCACAUCCUCAAAAAUUAAAAUAAUGUAUGAUACUAUAAAACUAGUCAUUCCAAAUAUGAUACCGACAUUGGACGACAGUGCGAAAAGAAAUCUUGAUGUCGAUGUUUUGGAGACAAUGGCACGUUUCACUACUGACGCAGUCGGUUCGGCGAUCUUAGGUGUGGAAUGCAAUUCUUUCAAAAAUCCAGAUGCAGAAUUCCGAAGACUCGGGAGACAUUUUUUCGAGGAGUUUUCUCCGAUAGACAUGAUCCGUUUAUUCAUGACGAUAAAUUUUCCCAAAUUGGCAGAAAAAUUAAAAAUGUCCAAUGUCCAACCGGAGGUAUCAAAGCAAUACAGUAAAAUUAUCAAAGAAACGGUGGAGUACAGAGAAAAAAAUAAUGUGGUCAGAAAAGACUUUUUGGAUUUGUUGAUCCAACUGAAAAACUCAGGAGUACAAGUAACUAUGGACGAAAUAAUCGGCCAGACAUUUUCAUUUUUCACUGCUGGAUUCGAAACCUCUGCAACCACCACAACGAUGACAUUGUUCGAACUGGCUGAGAAUCAAGAGGCUCAGGACAGAUUGAGAGAAGAAGUGAUAAGCACCUUCGAGAAAAAUAACAAUGAUCUGUCGUAUGAAGCGCUCAUGGGAAUGAAAUACCUUGGUCAAGCAAUCGAUGAAACUCUAAGGAAAUGGCCUCCAGUAACAACCCUUCCAAGGAUUUGCAUGCAGGAUUACAAGUUUCCAGGUACUGACUUAACCAUUGAAAAGGGAACAAAAGUGAUGAUCCCAAUUCUGGCACUGCAUCGGGAUAAAGACUAUUAUCCAGACCCGGAGAAAUGGAAUCUAGACCGGUUCGAGGAUAGAAAUCAAAAAUCAUCCGUAUAUUACCCGUUCGGAGGUGGACCUAGACAUUGUAUUGGUUUUCGUUACGCCUUCAUGCAGGUCAGACUAGGUUUGGCAACCAUCUUGAGGAACUACAAAGUUUUUCCAAGCUCAAGCACUGAAAAACCACUGGAAAUCGAUCCAGAUACCUUCCUUAUCAAAAUGAAACAACGUAUAUAUUUGAAAUUCCAAAAAAUACAUUGAUUUUCAAACUUCUCUAGUUGAAAAAAAUCAAAAUUGAAUAAAUCAUCUAGUAUAUACUUCGAUACUUUGUUAUCAUGAAGAAACAA